UCCUCUCGCCUUCCCUCCUUCUCCCCUUCCCUGCCUCCCACCCUCGCCGUCGCUGAGGUGGAGCCGCCGCCGUGCCCUGUGAGGGAGCGCCGCCCGCCCCGUUCCUGCAAGGGAAUCGAUAGUUUCCUGAAUAAGCUAGAGAGUCACUUGGCUGCAAAGAUGUUGGAAGAAGAUAUGGAGGUGGCCAUCAAGGUGGUGGUAGUAGGAAAUGGAGCUGUUGGAAAGUCCAGUAUGAUUCAGCGAUAUUGCAAGGGGAUUUUUACAAAAGACUACAAGAAAACUAUUGGUGUAGAUUUCCUGGAAAGACAAAUCCAAGUUAAUGAUGAAGAUGUCAGGCUAAUGUUAUGGGACACUGCGGGUCAAGAAGAAUUUGAUGCAAUAACUAAGGCCUACUAUAGAGGAGCCCAGGCUUGUGUUCUUGUGUUUUCUACGACUGACAGAGAGUCCUUCAAAGCAAUCCCUACCUGGAAGGAGAAAGUCAUGACCGAAGUUGGAGACAUUCCCACAGUUCUUGUGCAGAAUAAGAUUGAUCUUCUUGAUGACUCGUGUAUAAAGAAUGAAGAGGCAGAAGCACUGGCAAAAAAGCUAAAAUUAAGGUUCUACCGAGCAUCUGUGAAGGAAGACCUAAACGUAACUGAAGUUUUUAAGUAUUUGGCUGAUAAAUAUCUUCAAAGGCUCAAGCAACAAACAGCUGAAGAUCCAGAACUAGUACAUACAAGCAGUAACAAGAUUGGUGUUUUUAAUACAGCUGGGGGAAGUCACUCCAACCAAAAUUCUAGCACUCUUAAUGGUGGAGAUGUCAUCAACCUUAGACCAAACAAACAGAGGACCAAGAAAAACAGAAGUCCUUUUAGCAACUGCAGCAUACCUUAGACCACUUUUGGAGGGGAAAAAAGCAACCCGGUGAAUUGGAUGAAGUUGUGCAAAUGAAUACAGAAUAAAGCCAGCUGUAGAGGUAUUUUUACCGUGCUUUAGCAAAUCUUGUGCCUAUGGGAUCCUUGAUAGAGGAUGGAUUUAUAUAAACUUGCUGAUGCAGUGUUUUUUGGUGUGUAGCGUGGGACACCUGGUGGCAAAACACAGAACCGUGGCUGCCCUGUGCACUUUGUAAAAAUUAGGCAAGCUUCUCCUUUGUCGAGGAAUUAUUUACAGAGCUAUGAACCAGGUAUUGUUGAAUUGCAAAGCACAUUUAACGUAAGGAAAAUACUUACAAGUAUAGGUACAGACCAUAACACUAUGGCCCAAGGUACAGUAGCAAUCUUGCAACCAAAUUUCAAAGAAAAUGUUAGAAUUGGUUAGUCAGGACACUAAGAAGAUAAAUGAAGAGCAAAAAGAAGACACUACAUUUUAUGCCUGACUAUAUUAAUAUGGAUUCUGGCAGUUCUGCGGUGCAAUAUACUUGUAUUAUAUAUAUGAGUGCUAAGGUAUAUGUGUAAACAUUUGGUAUGAAUAUUUAGGCUAAAUUCCAGUGUAUACGUUACUUGGAGAUCAGCUAAUGAUCAUAAAAUAGCAUCUUCCAAAAAAAUUUUCGUUUAAAAAUGUUGCAUUUCCGAUGAGGCUUUCCCAGCUGCCACUGUGUACAUUUAACUUGCUAUACUUCGGGCCUAAAAGCUUAGAUUUAAAGAUGUAUGGUGCCAAAAAUGCUCCUUCUUUUUACCUAAUGCUGUGCUACGGAUGUUUUUGUAAGUUUGUUUUUCUCAGUCUUAACAGGUUGAACAAAUAACACAGUCUUUGACACAAAUAGCUGUUGAGAAGGAACAUAUAAUAUAAUCCUAUUCCUGUUCAAAUUUGAUUGUUGCAUCUGUGUUGUCUGUGAAAAAGGAACUUGCAAAGCAGUGUCACAAAAUAUUUAUCUUUGGAAAAAUUUUUCAUAGAUACCAUAAACUAAGUUAUGGAGGAUCAAAAAAAAUGCAGCUGAUGACUGAAUUACAUGAAUGAGACAAUCUUGAAUGUUGUCUCAGAUUCAAAGUUAGCUGCUGGUUACAGAAAAUCUAAUUCUGCAAGAUCAGAGACAUGGCAAAAAUUUUUCAAAGUGCUUAAGUAAUUUUACAGAAUUGAUUUAGAUGUUUAGGAGCCCAAAUCUAAAUUAAAGUUAUUUGGACUUAGGCUCCUAAAUCACUAAGGUGCUUUUAAAAAUGCUAAGCAAGAUACCUUUUAUUUACCAAAAAUAAACACUUUUUAAUCCUCUUCAAGAACAUGCAUGCCUUUUAAAAAAAAUAUCCAUCUUGUUUACAUGUUUUUGUAUGGUAUGAUAUAAUUUUAACUUUCUAGGAUUUCUACAACAAACCUGCCAGUGACAAAUGCAAAAUAUGCUGCUUGAAAAAAUUCAGAGUUUUAAUAGUUUUUUAAAUGGUGUAUGAGAAUGAAAAUGAGUCGAGUAAUCCUGUAUAUUUUUGGAGGAAGGACUUUUCACUGUGUGAAUUCAUGUAGGAAGCUUGACUUACUUUGUUUCUAAGUCAAUGAGUAUGAAAACUGAAAUGUACUCUUUUUUCCCACUGUCUGCAGGGAGAGAAGUGGGUGGCAAGUUAUGCAGAAACACUAAAGAUCUCUGAACUCUGUAUUUUAUGUUUACUAUACUAGACUUUCUACCAAGUACCGUUGUUCCUUUGACAAGCUGUUAGAGCAUCUCCUGUUGCUGGCAAGAAGGCGGCCUUCAAGGCGCUCGAUCCCCUUUGCUAUUGCAGCAAACCUGUGUGUUCUUCACCGUAAUGUUUCCUAUAUUUUCUCUUGGAUAAAGGCCUUUAUUUUUUAACAAGUGCAUUUAAUCACUGUGUUUAUGUAUAAGUGGAGUCAAGUCCUAUCUGUCUUAGCAAUUUAAGAAGUAAGGUACUUAGGAUAAGACUUGCGAUUGUACAUCAUGGGGCCACCUUACAACUUCAGGAUGUAGGAUAGAGUGUAUGCAUGAAGAAUUUUGACAACUGUUUUUAAUAUGGAAACUUUUACAUUUCAUUGUCUGUCCAUCAGUUUCACAUUUUUUAUUCAUUUUUCUUGAAAAAGAAACAAAACCA